AGUCAACAACACAGAGCUCAUCUGUUGGGAAGUCGGUGGAACAAGACAACUGGAGAGACUUUUCUACUCCGCUAGCUUGCCAGUUUUGCUAGCCCUUUAGUAUACGCCGUCUAUAGGGGGAAAAGGGAACCCAACUUUCCAAUUAGUCUUUUUUUGUUUUGUUGUUUCGCUUCUCCUCAAUGGUCAACUAAUGGGUAGUUCAACUAUAUAUUGAGGACAUUAUUUGGUCUCGCUCCACAAAACUGUAACGGAGGCAGCUUUUGAAAAGGUUGCGGCUAGCUCGCGAGCUAGCACUGGAGGUGAGAAAAUGGAGCUGGACGACGGAGUUCUCUACCAGGAUGACCCGGGCACGGCGGCUAUGAUGUCCGAACGGGUGUCGGGUCUGGCGAGCUCCAUUUACCGGGAGUUUGAAAGGUUGAUUGGAAAAUAUGACGAGGACGUAGUGAAAGAACUCAUGCCACUUGUGGUCGCCGUGUUAGAGAACCUGGACUCGGUGUUUGCUGUGAACCAAGAGCACGAAGUCGAACUGGAGCUUCUGAAAGAGGACAACGAGCAACUUAUUACCCAGUAUGAACGGGAAAAAGCCCUCAAGAAGCAUGCAGAAGAGAGGUAUAUAGUGUUCGAGGACUCCCAGGAAGGUGAGAGGAAGGACCUCCAGAGUCGAGUGCUGGGGCUGGAGUCACACACACGGCAGUUAGAGCUCAAGACCAAGAACUAUGCCGACCAGAUCGUCAGGCUGGACGAGCGCGAGGCCGAACUGAAGAAGGAGUAUAAUGCUCUUCAUCAGAGACACACAGAGAUGAUCCACAGUUACAUGGAACACCUGGAGAGAGCCAAACACCAGCACACCACUGCCCUGGAGGCCUCAGACUCCGGCCAGAUGAGCAGAUCACGGAAGGAUCGUCCCAUCUCCAUGGGGAUAUUCCCUCUACCAGGAAGUGAUGGCCUAACCCCUGAUCUCCAGAGAGAAACUGUGGAAACGCCUUCAGAGCCUUGGAGGUUCAACGACCUGAGCCACCCUCGCUGCAGCACCAGCCUCAAGCUGGAGGUGCGAGACUCCCCGAGCAGAGGGGAGGGUCAAAGUUCACAGGAUAGUUCAGCCAAUCAGCAGGCUGAACAGAACCAGGAUGAGAUGUCUAAUGUCAACUGUGGAGGCUCCAGAACUGGCACCCCCCUGUCCUCACAAGCAGGUGGAUCUAAGACUGGAAGCCCCCUGUCCUCCCGUGGGCCAGCCUCCAAAUCCACCACCCCCGUGUUCUCACGAGGUGGUUCCUCCCAGUCCACCACCCCUGUGUCUUCCCACGGAGGCUCCAAAUCGGUCCCUCCCAUGUCCAGCCUGGGAGAGGUGUCCGGCUCAGUCACACCCACGUCGACAGCAACAUCUGACGUUGUCAUGGCGUCGGCGGACACGCCUCUCCAGGACCAGGAAGCAGUGGAGGGUGUGAAGAGGAAUGUAGGCUGGAAUGACAGACAGCAAGGUGGCAGCGGGAACGCCUUGGGAGUGGAAGGUGAUGGACAGGAGGGGCAGGGCUCACCAACAGCAUCCCCAUCAGGCAGUGGUGGACCAGGCAGUGGGGACCAGUCGGAGGUGCAGGCCAUCAUCGAGUCCACUCCUGAGCUGGACAUGGACCUGAGUGGCUACCGCGGAGCCAGCACGCCCACUAAAGGAGGCAUUGAGAACCUGGCGUUCGACAGGAACACCGAGUCGCUCUUUGAGGAGCUGUCCUCGGCAGGAAAUGACCUCAUAGGAGAUAUGGAUGAAGGGGCGGACCUACUUGGUAUGGGCCGAGAGGUGGAACAUCUCAUCCAAGAAAACACCCAGCUUCUGGAGACAAAGAACGCGCUGAACGUGGUGAAGAACGACCUGAUAGCGCGCGUGGAUGAGCUGGUGUGUGAGCGCGAGGCUCUGCAGGGGGAGCUGGAGGCUGUGACGCAGGCCAAGACCAGGAUGGACGACAAGUACAAGGAGAUGGAGGACGAACUCAAGAGGGUGCGGGCGGACCUGGAGGUAGCCAAGCAGAAGACUAAGAGUGAGGACGAUGAUAGUGACGUGCCCACGGCCCAGAGGAAGCGCUUCACCAGGGUGGAGAUGGCCAGGGUGCUGAUGGAGAGGAACCAGUACAAGGAGAGACUGAUGGAGCUGCAGGAGGCCGUACGCUGGACCGAGAUGAUCCGAGCGUCGAGGGAAAACCCAGCUCUCACGGAGAAGAAGAAGUCCUCCAUCUGGCAGUUCUUCAGCCGCCUGUUCAGCUCGUCGGGGGGAGCGGCCAAGAAGCCGGCGGGGGACGCCCCGGUCAACGUCAAGUACAACGCCCCCACCGCCCAGAUCCAGCCCUCCAUCAAGAAGAAGAGCAGCGCUCUGCAGCAGCUGCCCAGCGACAAGAGCAAGGCCUUCGACUUCCUCAAUGAAGAGGUGGAGGUGGGCAACGUGGUGUCGCGCAGGGAGCAGAAGAGGGCGCAGUACCAGCAGGUCAAGGCUCACGUCCAGAAGGAGGACGGCAGGGUGCAGGCCUGCGGGUGGAGUCUUCCCCAGAAACACAAGGCGACCAAUGGCAGUCAGGCAGAGACCAAGACCAAGAAUCUCCCUGUCCCUGUCUACCUGCGGCCGCUGGAUGAGAAAGAUGCUUCUAUGAAGCUGUGGUGUGCAGCCGGUGUGAACCUGUCGGGGGGUAAGACCCGUGACGGAGGCUUGAUCGUAGGAGCCAGUGUGUUCUACAGCGACCUGCCUGGGGAGGCAGACAGUCCUCUCAGGAAGACCGCCUCUCAGAACAGCCUGGACAAACUGGACCAGGAGUUAAAGGACCAACAGAAGGAGCUGAGGCAUCAUGACGAGCUGUCGUCUCUCGUGUGGAUCUGCACCAGCACCCACGCUACCACCAAAGUGGUCGUCAUCGACGCCAACCAGCCCGGCAACGUCCUGGAGAACUUCUUUGUGUGUAACUCUCACGUGCUGUGCAUCGCCAGCGUGCCAGGAGCCAGAGAGACAGACUACCCAGCUGGUGAGGAAGUGGUCCACAUGUCGGAGGCGGGGCCAGGGCCAGAAGACACGUCCCCGACAGCCGGCUCAGACAAUGGCUGCUCAGUGGGUGGGGACGGGGUCCUGGGAGGCAUCACUGUGGUUGGCUGCUCAGCUGAGGGGGUGGCAGCCGUCCCACAGACAGCAGAGUCCAUGUCAGAGUCAGAGACGGAGUCCAAAGGAGCGGAGGAGGCUACUGAGGCUACUGAGGCCAGUGCUGGCCCAGCAGGUUCCCCAGCAGGACAGGGUGUGGGACUGGGAAGGAGAGGAUACACAGAACACAUCUUCACUGACCCACUGGGGGUCACACAGUCAGACCCACCCUCCGGCUACACACAGAGGGAGUGUGACCUGGUGAAGGAUGGGGUGAGCCCAGUCCCCAGCCCAGAGGAGCCAGACCUGAUGAGAGAGGAGGCCCAGAAGAUGAGCAGCGUUCUGUCCACCAUGUGGCUGGGGGCUCAGAACGGAUGUGUGUAUGUCCACUCCUCGGUGGCUCAGUGGAGGAGGUGUCUCCACUCCAUCAAGCUGAAGGACUCCAUCCUGGGCAUAGUGCACGUGAAGGGCCGUGUGUUGGUGGCGCUAGCUGACGGCACCCUGGCCAUCUUCCACAGAGGAGUUGACGGCCAGUGGGACCUGACUAACUACCACCUGCUGGACCUGGGCCGGCCGCAUCACUCCAUCCGCUGCAUGACGGUGGUCCACGACAAGGUGUGGUGCGGCUACAGGAACAAGAUCUACGUGGUCCAGCCCCAGGCCAUGAAGAUAGAGAAAUCCUUUGACGCCCACCCUCGUAAGGAGAGCCAGGUGCGCCAGCUGGCGUGGGAGGGGGACGGGAUCUGGGUGUCCAUCCGUCUGGACUCCACCCUCAGGCUGUUCCACGCCCACACCUACCAACACCUCCAGGACGUGGACAUAGAGCCCUACGUCAGCAAGAUGCUGGGUACGGGGAAGCUUGGCUUCUCGUUCGUGAGGAUCACAGCCCUCAUGGUGUCCUGUAGCCGUCUGUGGAUCGGCACCGGCAACGGAGUGAUCAUCUCCAUCCCUCUAACGGAGACAGCCAAUAAGAUUGCUCCGGGGCCAGGUACUCACCCUGGGGGCGUGGUCCGUGUUUAUGGCCAUGACAACAGUGACAAGGUGACAGCUGGAACCUUCGUCCCCUUCUGUUCCAUGGUUCACGCACAGCUGUGUUUCCAUGGACACAGAGACGCUGUCAAGUUCUUCACUGCAGUCCCAGGUCAGGUGAUGGCGUCAGCGGCGGGCGGGGGGGAGGCAGGGGGGGAGGCAGGGGGGGAGAGGGACUCCCCCUCCCAGGAGCUGGAGAGGUCCGUGCUGGUGAUGAGUGGAGGAGAGGGCUACAUCGACUUCAGGAUGGGUGAUGAGGUUGGUGAAAACGAGGAGAUGGAUGAACCCACUCUGAAGUUGCAGCCCUUCCUGGCCAAAGCUGAGCGCAGUCACCUGAUCGUGUGGCAGGUCAUGGCCAACCAGGACUGACCAACCCCCCUCCUUCAGACAGUGUCGACACUUACCCAGACCUGAGACCAGCCCACUCACUCUGAACCAUACCUCACUAGAGGAAGCAGGAACUCUCCAAUCAGACGCGUCGAUUUGUUUCCUGAUUGUUAUUUUCUUUUCUUUUCCAUUUCAUGGAUUGCAAUUGAAUUUGAUAUAAUCCACUUGCUCUUCCAUUAUUGCUGUUGUUUUAUGUUGUGGCUAUUCAGUCUGAAGUUUGGUUUAUUGUCUUGAUUUAUGACCUUUUGGAUUUCUUGCAUGCAUCUACUUUUAUCAUCAUUGUGUCCUCUGAGUUUGGUCCCAUGGUCGGGCUGUGUGCCAAUUGGUGCAGUCCAGAUACGAUGUGCUGAUUGGUGGACUGUCCAGAUGCUGUGUAGUUGGUGGAUGGACUAGGCAUUGUGCAGUGAUAGGUAGAUUGUUCAGAUAUUGUGUGACAAUUGAUGGGCUGUGUAGACUGGUUAGAUACAGCGCCAAGUACGUGUGGAUGGGACAAUCUGUCACGCGCACACACACACACAAGGCCCCGUGCACAGUUUUGCUUAUUGAGAACAUGGCUUUUGGUUGUAUGCAAGACAGUUUAAUCAAUUGCCUGCAUUCUCUGGACCUUGAUUUAUUCAGGCCAAUAUAAUAUAUCGCAGAUAUAUCUUGUCAGUAGCUCCAGCAGCAGCCUGAGCUGUUUGGGCAGAGUGGGACUUGGGUCCUGUAAUGCUGACAGACCCAUCCCUUCACUGUCCUAUUGUCCUCCAUCCCCCCCCCCCCUCCAUCACCACCAGCUAGAGCUUGUAGACACCUUACCAUUCAUCUACAGCUGCCUUAGAUCUGCUGAAAAGUUACACAAUUAUUCACUUGUGAAGUGUAAACAAUUAUUUAUUCUUUAGCGAAAGAAUGUUAAACGGUUACCAAAGGAAAAAUACAAAUAAGUAGCUAAGAAUAAAUGAGAAUCAUGCCACUUUUUAUAAACAUGUUUGGCCCUGUAUCUGUAGAUAAAAAAAGAAAUUCUAUUUUGUGAGAUGUCUUUGUUACAAGGAUCAUGGCAAAUGGACAAAUAUAUUUUUUAGACCUUUAACCUCUCAUGAAUUUAAGAAGAAUGAGUGUUCUGGAACCUUGUGUGUUCUGGAGUUUUGAAGUCGUCCAUACAGGCAUAGAUCAACGAUCAGCCUAGUGACCCCAAUACAAAUCUGUAACUGAUUGUUCCAGCAUCCUCUGAACAGAGUUUCCUUCCUGGUAGCUGGGGCUGCCACUGACUCAUUCAGCCAAUGUUUUAAGCCCAUUUUUAUGAGCAUCUUGUCUAUGUUUGUCUUUUAGACUUUUCCAGACUGUCUGUAUAGGCAGCCUCCCCCAGUAAGGCUGGGUCCUCCCCCAGUAAGGCUGGGUCCUCCCCCAGUAAGGCUGGGUCCUCCCCCAGUAAGGCUGGGUCCUCCCCCAGUAAGGCUGGGUCCUCCCCCAGUAAGGCUGGGUCCUCCCCCAGUAAGGCUCUGGCCAGGUCGGCCUCAGGGCUCCAGCUGAGGGGCCCACAUGUGCUUGAACAAAAUUGGUCAGACUGUGAAUGAUGUAAUUAUAGCACUAAAAAUAAGGUUGCCAUUUGGACAUCAAACAUUUCCAUUAAGUUUGCAUAACAGUUCAUCUUCACUCAGCAACUUUACCAGAAGAUAUGUCAUAGGACAUAUCUUCUACAUACUCUAAAAGUACAUUAUUGUCAGUAUUAUGGUACACUUAACUCCAGUCUGUCCAUUUUUGGCCUUGCCUGUUCUGUCCCAGAACCUCUCGGCCUGUGCUCCAGGAGCCUGUGCUGCUGCAGCCUGUGCUGCUGCAGCCUGUGCUGCUGCAGCCUGUGCUGUGUCUGUUCCACGUUAGGAUGAGUGUGAAAGGAAGCUUGCCUGUUGAGAGUGUGUGCUCGCCUCUUCUCUACCGGGGGGAGAAAGAUAUUCAUGUCGCAGUUUAGCCAUGUCAGUAUUUAUUUCUAUGAAUGAGCCUUUGCAAUUCAGAAUGUAACUUUGUACAUGGAAAUGCGAAUAUAUGAAUAUUAUAUGUGUAUGAAACAAGUAAAAUGGGUUUGAGUUUGUUGUU